GAAAUUGGAGUUCAAUUGUGAGAGAAUGAUUUUCGAUAGUUGAAGGGAAGAGAGUGUGCUAAAGAAGAAAUUGUAAUUUGAUUUGAUUUGAUAUACUUCCAAGUUCCUAUGGCGGAAGGACCGGAAGCGAUCCCUUCAAGUUCUCAACCCUCUUCUGCUCUGAAAUGGCAGGAUGACAAUCUUGAACGCACCCAGGUUCCCAAAUUUUCCAGUUUCCCCACUGUUCCAAAUGGUGGUGUGCAAAUGAUUCCAAUAAUGUAUCCUGCACUUGUUCCUGGAUCAGCUCCUUUGGAUAAUCAAAAUCGUGGAGCUGGUAUUUAUGCGGUUCCUGCUUUUCCAUCAAUGGGGGGCCCAGUUAUUGGAAUGUCAACUAACAAUCUUAUUCCUUUGACUUACAGCAUACCCACAUCUCAUAGCAGUAAUAGAACAAGUUCUGAGGGUGGCACAGCAGCUGAGGAGAAUGGGCGAGUAGAAGGACAACAACAGCCACAACAGCAGCAACCAGCACCUCAAAGACAAGUUGUUAGAAGAUUUCAAAUUGCAAUACAGAUUGAUUUGUUGCUCAUAUUGAAGCUUGCUGCUGUAAUUUUUCUUGUUCAUCAAGAUGGUUCAAGACAAAGACUUAUUGUUCUGGUGAUUUGUGCUUCAAUAGUCUAUCUAUAUCAAACGGGAGCGCUUACACCAUUCAUACGAUGGCUUUCACAAGGCAUGCAAAGGGCAGCUGCACCUCCCCAUCCCCCGAGACCAGGAGUUCGAGCAGAGAAUGCUCCGGUUGCUCCUCCAGCUGCAGGGCAAGAGGCUGCGAUUGCUGCUGUUGCUUUUGCAGAGGGACGAGCGGGGGCAGAGGGUGAGAACCAACCUGGAAAUGAAGAGAACCGAGCUGUUGAAAAUGAGAAUGUAGCAGAGCCUGGUGCUGCAAAUGGUGGUCUCAACUGGUGGGGAGUGGUGAAGGAAAUCCAAAUGAUAGUCUUUGGCUUUAUUACUUCCCUACUCCCAGGCUUCCAUAAUCACAUGGACUAGAACCUGUAAGGCUCAUGAACCUUUCUGAAGCUGGAAACGGUUAUUUCUUCUUCUAUUUUUUUUUAUUUAAACAAACAACUUAAAAGGUUAUGAAGCAUGUUCGAGGGAUCCCGUCUGUAUAAACUGAAACAGCGGAGUUUAGUAGUGAGUUAUGGGUUUAGCUUCUUCAUGUUAAAGAGGACAUCUGUAUUUUCCUUUCCUCCUUCCUGCAAGGUUUCUUUGUAAUUGAUUUUUUAAUCGAGUCUCGACGGGAUGCAUCGUUAGUACAUAUCGAACCAUCGAUUAAUUUCUAAUUUUCAUUAUAUGAAA